AGCAAGACGAGGAGAAUCGGCCACUUGGUCCUCGCAGGCUGAAGAGAAAGUCCUCUUCCUCAUCUCCUGAAAAAUCUAGAAUCCGGGAAAUCUAGGACUUCUAUUGGAGUACUGUGACUUGAGUAGCUUCAAAAUGCCACAAUAAAGAACACUGGCCAGGUCUUCUGUGUUCUAGAAGCCAUGAUGGCUAUCCCAGAGGCAGGCAUGCUUGGCCACCACCUCCGCUCCCUAACCCCAGAGGAGGAGGAGAAGCUGAAAAGGCAGGAGUCGCGUGGAUUGCUUUCCGAAUUCCAGCAAAAGAAACUAGAGCAAGAAGCAGCAAAGAACUGGGACAAGUUCUACAAACGUAAUGAAACCAGGUUUUUCAAAGAUCGGCAUUGGACAACCCGGGAGUUCCAAGACCUCAUAGGGGAUGGUGCCGUGAAAAGAACUUUGUUAGAGGUUGGUUGUGGAGUUGGAAAUUUCUUCUAUCCACUGCUGGAAGAUGGCUUGAACCUCUUUGUUUAUGCAUGCGACUUCUCCCCAAGAGCAAUAGAAUUUGUGAGGAGCCAUCCCAUGUAUGAUGAAACGAAAGUUAAUGCUUUCCAGUGUGACAUUACUAAGGAUGAAUUGCUUGAAAAGACUAACCAUGCAGUGGACAUUAUCAGCUUGAUCUUUGUCCUUUCGGCCUUGCAUCCUGACAAAUUCCAAGCCGCCAUUUCAAACUUGUACCGUUCUCUGCGACCAGGUGGUAUGGUACUAGUCCGUGACUAUGGCUUGUAUGACAUGGCUAUGCUGAGGUUUGGGCCAGGAAGCAAACUUGGAGAGCGUCUGUAUGUGCGACAGGAUGGCACUAGGGCAUAUUACUUCGUGGAGGAAGAGCUUGCUCAGUUGUUUGAGGACGCAGGAUUUGUGACUGCCAGUAAUUCCUAUGUGACACGUCAAACUGUCAAUAAGAAGGAAGGCAUUGAUGCACAAAGGAUCUUCAUACAAGCAAAAUUUGUCAAGCCUGAAGAGUGAAGUGCUG